AUGCACAGGACGGCUGGACCAUUGGCCCGCGUGCCAGGCGUCCGGGACGGCCGGGUAUCGGCUCCGUACUUUGAGCCCUCUUGGGCCACCCUCGCGUCCACCGGCCGGCAGAGCACCGCUUGGGCGACUCAGACGGCCCGCCCGACCAGCGCGUUCGAUCGGGCGCAAGGCGGCACGGCACGUUCAGCGCUUGCCUCGGCCCACCUCGCCUUCACGCCCGCCACCGCGACCAAGGAGGUGGCCUCGGCGGCCCAGAUGAAGCCCGAACCCGUCGCGCCCGUCGCUCACGAGCUGGUGGCUCGCAUCGACCGAGCCGUCCAGCUUUCUCACGCCCUGCCCACGAUCAAAUUCGAGACGACCAACAUCCGACCACAAAAAGGCCCGCGCGUGCUGCGCGGGCCGGCGAGCGACUAG